CGAUACCGAUUAAGGCAGUGCAGUUUCGCAAAACAUAUCGCAUGUCAUCGAUCGAUAUAUCGAUACGCAACCACAAAUGUCGUCGUGCGCUACAUAAUUGUUUAAUAAACAAUUAAUCACUUAAUAUAAACAAAACUAGUGCGAAUAGUGGUAUAUGUGUGAUGUAAAAAUAAAUGCAGCUCAAAUUGCCAUACGAGAGAGACAGCGAGAGCACAGCAAAGCAGCACUUACCUCACUCACCUACGACGAUCCGCAACAACAAAAACAACAAACAUAAUAUUAACAGCAAAAGCAACAACAACAAUAACAAAAAAACAACGUAAAUUUGCAACGCAAUCAGAAAUACAACAAAAACUAGAAAAAAACUAACAAAUAAAUAAAUUAAAAAUAACAACAACAAUACGAAAAAAGCGGAAAAAUACGGAAAAAGAAUAAUUCUCAGCUGAGGCAAAUAAACAGUAAUAAAAAAAAACCCAAAAAAAGAGAAAACAUAUGUACAACGUUGCGUGAGAGAGUGACUUUUGAUGGUGUGCGCGCGCGACAGUGCGAGCGAGCGAGAGCGAGAGAGGGUCGUAGGCAAAGGUGGUUAGCCAUAACAAAAACAACAACAAGAACAACAGCAGCAGCAACAACAUCACGACAGCAUAAGCGAGACCUUGAAAACUUUAAAGAAAAGCAAAAAUAUAUAUAUGUAUGUAUAUAUGUAUAUUUAUAUCAAAUAUUAAAAACUAAUAGAAGAGCAAACAUCGUGAGAGGGAGAGAGAGAGCCAGCCAGCAGCAGCACUAGCAUCAGCAGUACCAGUGGAAGUAGGGAGUGCGAGUGCGAGUGAGAGAACACUCCCCAUCCUGUUAUGGAGAGUGACGAUUUCCAUUUUCCGCAAGGCGCCAAUUAGCGAAGGGGAACGGGUAACGGGUAACGGUGGAAAACCAUAAGAACGUUUCAAUCAAAAGCAAGGCAAAAACAAUUUACCCCCACACACACACAUACACACCACCACCACCAGAACACACACACAUAAACUAGUAACGUGCGCAAUGGCCGCAGCAGAGACAGCAACAGCCGCUGCCGCCGUAGACGUCGCAGCAGCUGCCGUGGGCUCCGGCUCAGGAGCGGCGGCGGCUGCCUCGGAGGCAGCCAAUGGCCGAGAGGCCCGAAAUCUGGCCGAAAAGCAGCGCCGGGACAAGCUCAAUGCCAGCAUCCAGGAGCUGGCCACCAUGGUGCCACAUGCAGCCGAAUCCUCGCGCCGCCUGGACAAGACGGCCGUCCUGCGCUUCGCCGCCCACGGCCUCCGGCUGCAGUAUGUGUUCGGCAAGUCGGCCACACGGCGUCGGAGGAUACUCUGCCUGAAGGGUGUGUCGUCGCAGGAGUCGAGCGGCGGCAGUCCAGCGGCGGCCGGCACACAGAAUCCCAGUCUCCAUCUGACGGACACACUGAUGCAGCUGCUCGACAGCUGCUUCAUUACCAUCACCUGCAAUGGCCAGAUCGUGCUGGUCUCCUCCAGCGUGGAGCAGCUGCUGGGCCACUGCCAGUCGGAUCUGUAUGGGCAGAAUCUGCUGCAGAUCACGCAUCCGGAUGACCAGGCCCUGCUCCGACAGCAGCUCAUUCCACGCGACAUCGAGACGCUGUUCUAUCAACAGCGCCAGACGACGCAUUCGCAGAAACGACAGCCGCAGCAGCAGCACCGCUCGACGUCCACAUCGGUCUCCGUUUCGGACAGCGAUGUGGAGGAGGAUGCCGACGAGGAGGCGGACCCGGAGAACGAGGAUAUGCCAGCGGAUGACCAAGACGACUGCGAAGAGCUCUACCCGCGUCGCAGCCCCAGCCCCCGUACCAUUGCCCAUCUGGCGGCCAUCGACGAGAGGCUACGCUCGGACCGGCGCUGCUUCACCAUUCGUGUGGCGCGCGCCUCCACCCGCGCCGAGGCGACCCGCCAGUACGAGCUGGUGAAGAUCGACGGCUGCUUUCGGCGCAGCGACUCCUCGCUGACGGGCGGGGCGGCCGCCAAUUAUCCAAUUGUCUCGCAGCUGAUCCGAAGGUCGCGCAACAACAAUAUGCUGGCAGCGGCCGCAGCAGCAGCGGCGGCAGCGGCCGAGGCGACGGCAGCAGCAGCAGCGGCGGCCAUCACCGGUUGCCUGCCCCAGCACGAUGCCAUUGCCCAGGCGGCACUGCAUGGCAUCAGUGGCAACGACAUCGUCCUGGUGGCCAUGGCCCGUGUGCUGCGCGAGGAUCGGGUCCGGGCAGAGUCGCCCGAGUGCGAGGACUUCGGCUCCAGUCUGCUCUACCGCCAGCCGGAACCGUACCAGCUGGAGUAUCGGACGCGGCACCUCAUCGACGGCAGCAUCAUUGACUGUGAUCAAAGGAUUGGCCUGGUGGCGGGCUACAUGAAGGAUGAGGUGCGAAAUCUCAGUCCCUUCUGCUUCAUGCAUCUGGACGAUGUCCGCUGGGUGAUUGUGGCUCUGCGGCAGAUGUACGACUGCAACAGCGACUACGGCGAGAGCUGCUACCGUCUGCUGUCGCGCAAUGGCCGCUUCAUCUACCUGCAUACGAAGGGAUUUCUGGAGAUCGAUCGCGGCAGCAACAAGGUGCACUCAUUCCUGUGCGUCAAUACGUUGCUGGACGAGGAGGCCGGACGGCAGAAGGUGCAGGAGAUGAAGAACAAGUUCUCGACCAUCAUCAAGGCGGACGUGCCGACACAGAGCAGCAGUCCGGAUCUGCCCGCCUCCCAGGCGCCCCAACAGCUGGAACGGAUUGUCCUGUACCUCAUUGAGAAUCUGCAAAAGAGCGUGGAGUCCGAGUCCGGGGGUGGGCAGCCGAUGGAUACCAGCAUGCUGGACGACGGCUAUAGCUCACCGGCCUCCUCGUCGGCCACCAUGCUCACCCUGGAGGAGAUGGCCCCAUCGCCCACACAGUCCCAGUCGCAGAACCAGUUGGCCCUGGUGCCGCCAGCACCCAGUUCUGUAAAGAAUUCCAUCUCGAAGUCGGUGAGUGUGGUCAAUGUGACGGCUGCCCGCAAGUUUCUCUAUCAGCGGGAGCAGCAGGAGCAGCUGCAGCGGGAGCAAUCCGCCACUGGGGUCAUCCGACAGCUGAGCAGCUGUUUAAGCGAGACGGAAACCAGCUCGAUGCUCUCACCCGCCAGCAGUGUCAGCGGUGAUAUACCGGAUACCCCCGAUCCCAAUAGUAAUACUCCGCCUCCUCCCCACCUCCAUCUGCAAUCGCAUACCCAUCCUCAGAACCAGUCCCAGUCCCAGUCCCAGUCCGCUGUUCAGGCGAGGCCCAGUGUGCUACACAAGUCACCGGCCACGCCCACAACCACUCAGCUGAGGGCGGCAUUGACGAGUGCGCUGCAAUGACCAGACGGAUGAGGUGGUGGAGGAGCAAGACGCAGGAGGAAAAGGCGACGGUGGCGGCCAAGGAAGAUCCAUGUCCAGUGUUGUGAAAUGCUUGUUUGCCUUCCAAGUGAAAAGAAAAACUUUGUUAGCAUCGUUAUGUAAUAAAUAGAAUAGUGUAUAUAUGUAUGCAUGAAUGUGUGAGUGUGUGUGUGUGUGUGCGUCCAGUGUUCGGGUCCACAAACUCGCUCCCUCCCCUCCACCACCCAAUAUCUACUCAUUAACAGUUAGAACAUCGAUUUGAUGCCAAUCGAUCCGAGCCUAUCGCUAUCGCAUCAAUCACACCACCCAAACACCCACCCACCCACACACAGCCCAGUGCAGUGCAGUCCAGUCAUCCAUCCGUUUCACUCUAACCCACGUCCGAAGCCUGGCUUCAGAGAGAUGUCAAAGCAAUACUCAUCCGAACACUGAGAGAGUGAGAGAUAGAGAGAGCGAGAGCGAACAGGUGUUGAUGGUGUGCGGGGGGGGAUGGAGAGCGAUCAGCCAGUGGGGCAGAGAGAGAAAGAUAUAGAGGAGUACAGUGAAACAUCCCUGUUAAGGGACAAUCUGCCAUGGAAGCCAUACAAAAAGCAGGAGGGAAGGCGCGUUACAAACAAAUGGUCGAAAUCUAUAUGCCGGAGCCAUAGAGAAUUUCACUAGUAUGCAUAUCUCUCUCAAAAUUUGAGUCUUGUUUUCAAGUUCAUUAUCUCGAAAAUUGGGCAACAUUGUAUGCUUAAAAAGCAAAAUAAUCAAUUUAUUUGUAAUUUCGAAUGUUCCGAUCAAAUGUUGCGUUAGUGAAAUUGAGACCAAGGCUGAUUUUCGUACUCCCCCCUCUCCCAUCCGCCCUUCCCCCUCCAUCCAUUAUCAAAGCCUUUGCCAUUGUCCUUGAGGCAGAGAGAGAGUGUUCUUAUCAGAUAUGGGCUGUUUUUUCGUUUGUUUGUUUUGUUUUUGUUUUUUU